CCUAAGUCCGAGCUCUCUCACUCUCCUUCAUUUUGUUCCUCUGUGUGUCGAAGGCGUCUGUGGCGCGGGACGUGUGUUCUCGCGCACUUCGCCUACCCAUAUUGUGCUAAAAAAUACAAAAAAAUCAGAAAAUAUAAAACCCUUAAACAUAAUUGUGGUGUAGCUCCGAACCAAGUCAUCAAACCAUGAAUUCGGCCGGCCCAAACUAUCCCAUGGCGUCCCUGUACGUCGGGGAUCUCCAUCCGGACGUAACUGAAGCCAUGCUCUUUGAGAAGUUCUCGACUGCUGGCCCUGUCCUGUCCAUCCGAGUUUGCAGGGACAUGAUCACCCGUCGUUCCCUCGGCUACGCCUACGUGAACUUCCAGCAGUCGGCUGACGCUGAGCGCGCCCUGGACACGAUGAAUUUCGACGUGGUGAAGGGUCGUCCGAUCCGCAUCAUGUGGUCCCAGCGCGACCCGUCGCUGCGCCGCUCCGGCGUCGGCAACAUCUUCAUCAAGUCGCUGGACAAGUCGAUCGACAACAAGGCCAUGUACGACACGUUCUCGGCCUUCGGCAACAUCAUGAGCUGCCGCGUGGCCACCGACGAGAACGGCGUCUCCAAGGGCUACGGCUUCGUCCAUUUCGAGACCGAGAAGGCGGCCAACGACGCCAUCGAGAAGGUGAACGGCAUGCUGCUCAACGACAAGAAGGUGUUCGUCGGCAAGUUCGUGCCGCGCAAGGAGCGUGAGAAGGAGCUGGGCGAGAAGGCCAAGCGCUUCACCAACGUCUACGUCAAGAACUUCGGCGAGGACCUGGACGACACCAAGCUGCUGGAAAUGUUCGAGCCGUUCGGCACCAUCUCCAGCCACAAGGUGGCCUCUGGCGAGGACGGCAAGGCCAAGGGCUUCGGCUUCGUCAGCUUCGAGGACCCGGAGGCGGCCGAGAAGGCCGUCAACGAAAUGAACGGCAAGGAGAUCAACGGCAAGACCAUCUACGUCGGCCGCGCCCAGAAGAAGGCCGAGCGCCAGCACGAGCUCAAGCGCAAGUUCGAGCAGAUCAAGCUGGAGCGCAUGAACCGCUACCAGGGCGUCAACCUGUACGUCAAGAACCUGGACGACGGCAUUGACGACGAGCGUCUGCGCCGCGAGUUCGCCCAGUUUGGUACCAUCACCAGCGCGCGCGUCAUGAUGGAGGACGGACGCAGCCGCGGCUUCGGCUUCGUGUGCUUCUCGUCGCCCGAGGAGGCCACCAAGGCCGUCACUGAGAUGAACGGCCGCAUCGUGUCCUCCAAGCCGCUGUACGUGGCGCUCGCCCAGCGCAAGGAGGACCGCAAGGCCCACCUAGCCAGCCAGUACAUGCAGCGCAUGACGUCGAUGCGGAUGCCGGGCGUGAACCCGAUGUUCCAGGCGGGCGCCGGCGGCUACUUCGUGCCGACGAUGCCGCAGGCGGCGCAGCGGUUCUACCCGCCGGCGCAGAUGGCGCACCAGAUGCGGCCCGGGCCGCGCUGGCAGCAGCCGGCCGGCGGACAGAUGCGACUCGGCGGACAGGCGGCCGGAGGCAUGCCGGCGCCGUUCCGCGGCCAGGCGCAGCGCGCCGCCGGCGGCCAGGCGCCGGCCGGCGGCAUGCGCGGCAUGCAGGCGGGCCAGACGCGGCCGAUGGCGCAGCAGGCGCUGCUGCCAGCCGGCAUGCAGCCGCGCCCGAUGGCGCCGCAGCCGGGCGCCGCCGGCCAGCAGCCGCGGCCCGCCUACAAGUACACGGCCAACAUGCGCAACCUGCAGCAGCUGUCUGCGGCCGGUGUGAGCGGCCAGGCGCCGCUGAUGCCGGGCGCCGCGCAGGCGCUGGCCAUGCAGCAGCAGCCGGCCGUGCGCGUCCAGGGCCAGGAGCCGCUGACGGCCAGUAUGCUGGCCGCCGCCCCGGAGCAGGAGCAGAAACAGAUGCUCGGAGAGCGUCUCUUCCCCAUGAUCCAGCACAUGUACCCGGAGCUGGCCGGUAAGAUCACCGGUAUGCUGCUGGAGAUCGACAACUCUGAGCUGGUGCACAUGCUGGAGCACCACGAGUCGCUCAAGGGCAAGGUGGACGAGGCUGUGGCCGUGCUGCAGGCCCACCAGGCCAAGGCCACCCCGGCCGCGGCCGCCAGCGGCGCCGCCGCCGCGCCGGCCGCUGCCCCCGCCAAGAAGGAGUAGGCGGCGGCUGGCCGGCCUUCCGGCGGAGACGUGUUCGGAGCUACACUGCGAUACCAUGGGCGCGACGCCAGCGCUCCGACCUCCUCCGCCACAGAACUUCGACACACGGACACACACACAGAGGAACACACACACACACAACCACAGUAGUGGUAGACACAUAAAAGUGACACAAAGAAAGCCAACAAAAAAAGCGUAAAACAGAAAGUUGUGCCGGAGUGCGCGGCGGGACGCCGGCGGCGGGACGCCGGCGGCGGCCGGUCGGCGGCCGCCGGUGCCGCCGCCGCGCCGCGGUGCGGUUUUAUUUGUAUACGAUCGGGCGGGCUGCCGGGUACCCCCGGCGGUCCGCCCCGCCACACCUCCAUCUGUGGCCGGGUCCGGCGAGGGUCAGACGACUCCGCCGGACGGCGCGCGGGCCGCGAUCGCACCGACCGGCCGCGCGCCAACCAGGUGAAAACAAAAAACUUUUAUACAAAAAUGUAUACAUCUCUCUACUGUAGAGACAAAAAGCCUACAAUAAAAGUUGAUCAAAAAUGCCGACAAUAAAAAAAUAAACCCGAAACAAAAACGAAACGGGGAGAAAAAGAUACGACUUGUUGGUAAACUACCAACAGGAUUGAGUUAUGUUUUGUUCCAGAUCAUAUUCCAAUGAUGGCCAUUCCCGAUGUGUUGCGAUUUAUAAAGUUUGUUCUUUGGUUUAUCGCUUGUACAGCCGUAGAUAUAGAUGGUGGCAAGGCCGCUCGCGGCGGAGUCCGACGGGCUAUCCAGGCCAAGUCUACCAGGCCGUCCCAAUCCGCACGUGCGCAGAUGCCAGUGUGGACGCCCCAGGACUCCGCGGGACUGGUGGUUGGGGGCUGGGUUCCCGAGGUAUCUUCAACUUUUGUCUUAUGUCAUGUUUUAUGCUUCCCGUUUCGAAAAUAAACUACUCUAUCA